AGAAAGAACAGAACAAUGGGGUUUUAACCAGCUCACAUUACGUGGGUCAUUCAAUGCAUAACUCAUAAGAGAGAGAUGGAGAGAGGAGCCAACCAAUUUAUUUUUGACUGGUCAUUUAUUAGUUAUACUAGGACUGGUAGCUACUUGUUCUGACGACUCAUCUAAUAAUUUCUCAUAGUAUAAUUUUAACCAUCUUCUUUGGUAGAUUUAGUGGCUUUGGAUAAUCAGUCUUAAAUAAUUCAACUCCACUAACUUUAAUAAUAUUUACUGUUGCAGUUUGUAGAUUUAUUGAAAAACUAUGACUAAACAACUUGCACUCUUACUAACUUCAACAUAUUAACUUCAAACUUCAUAACUCAAUUUAACACCACAUACACUUACUAUAGGUGUUGUCAAAUUGACUUUAUAAAUGCUUAAAAGCUCUGUCUUAAGCACUAUAAAAGUUAUUCAAAACAAGUUUUAUGUAUAAGGUUAAAUACUGACACUUUCCGAUUUUUAAAGUUUACUUUGUUUAUUUUGAAUCUCUUUGCUUGGAUUCCCAUUUGAAAUCUCAUUCUUUUUCAAAAUCUGAACACAAGUUAUUUGAUAAGAACAGCUUUUCAUAGCAUCUAAUAUUUGGAUUUUUUUUAUAUAAAUAAAAUAGUAGGAAGUAGGCUAUAAAGUACAAGGAACCUAAUUUGAAAACCAAAAUCCCUAUCAAAACCUAAUAAAAAUGUAGAAGGAAAGAAAUCUUAGAUGCCUGUGGCAAAGAUUUCUCAAUUUCCACACAAGGAAAACCCUCAUUGGACAAAUCUUGGUAUUCAUAAAACCUAGUAACCAUUCGUCAUUAAUGAGUCAAAUAGAAGAGGAAAGGUUGCAGCAAAGCAAAUUUGAAAAGGCGAGCUGUGAUUAUGAAUGUAGGGGUCAUGAAUUGGGAGAAGAUAAUUAUAGUAUUAUACAUUGGGUGGAAAGAGAAAAAGAACAAUAAAUCUUGAAAUGUGCUACAAAAGAAGAUUAAAUAAUGGGGUCAAUCUAGAUUAAAGAGGGGGUAGUUCAGCUAAUUAAAAAGACCAUUUAAUGCAUGAUGAUUUUAAAUUGUUAAAGGGAGUUUUAGAGUUUCCAGGAUAUUUGUUGGGAGAGAGUGAAACCUGGCAGCCUGCUUUUAAAUUCCACUAUAAUUACGGGAGAAAGCUAGGAAAGCUGCUACUCUUUUGUCAUUUUCUUGAUAGACCACUUCUCUUUUCGAACUCCCUUCUUCUUAUGUAUAUUAGCAAAGCCAUGGAGAAUAAUGGCUCCUUGACUCUAUAGUUUCACUUUCAAUCUCUCUUUCUGAACCAGAAGAUUUUUGGUGAUUUUUCAUCUCUUUCUGAACUUGGACUUUUACCUCCAAUGGCUGUGGUAUGUUCUGAAGCAGCAGCCUCGCAACCUCUCAAAGCACAGGUUUGGGUCUUGAAAGUUUCUAUUCACUGUGAAGGAUGCAAGAGGAAGGUUAAGAAAGUUCUACAGAGCAUUGAUGGUGUUUAUACGACCAACAUUGACCCGGACCAACAGAAAGUUACGGUCACUGGUAAUGUUAGUCUUGAGACUCUGACCAAGAGGUUGGCAAAGGCAGGUAAACAUGCAGAAAUUUGGCCAGAAAAGCAAGCGGGAAAAGAGAAACAGUUGAUCAAGAUGUUGGACACAAACAAAGGGAAAGACCAAGAAAAUGGAAGAAGUUCGGGUACUAAUAAAGCUUCAGCAAAGAAGGUCGAGUUUAAGGUCAGCCCUGUCAAGAACAACCGUGAAGAACAGAAUGAGAAGUCAAAGAAUAUUGGAAGCUCUCCCAAAAAGCCUCCGGCCAGGGAGGCCUCGCCGGCAUCCGGCUCCAAGGGCAAUACUACAGGACAUGACGGUUGUUCUCCAGACAAAAGUGGUGAAAAGAAGAAAACAAAGGGGCAACCAGGUAAUAACAAUAGUGAUAAAUCAGGUUCAAACCCCCAAAAUGGGCAUGGGCCAGUCAAUGAGGAACCAGAUGUGGGCCUAAGAAAUGGUCACCCACUGGCCCAACAAGUAUACACGGGCCCAAAGGGUUAUUUUUUCCCCCCACCUAUUUUGGGGUUAAAUUACAAAGCACCGCAUUUAGGUAAAGGUCCCGAAUUUCUUCACCAUGUCCCACUGAUUCCACUUUCAUAUUCAAAUGAUCAGACAGAAAAUUAUGAGGAUCGUGCAAAGCCACAGACCUACCUGGAUUAUUUCAGUGAAGAAAAUGCCCAUGGAUGUUUCAUCAUGUGAUGUGCUAACAUCAAGCAAUAACAACUCAAGGGGAAUAUAUAAAUUUGACGUGCUGGUUUAUGUUGUAAAACAGCGAAGAUGAGUAUAAAUGUACAUGAGUGAGAUCCAGAAUGACAGGAAGGUUAGCAAGUAGAAAAGUUUGGAGGGGUGGGUUAGGUGCUUCUAAUUUUUGGGCUAAAAGAACAUUAGGUUUAUUGUGCUCUCUAUCAAGUGAAACGUUUUGCAGAAGCUUUUCUAAACAA